ACUGAAUCACAGGGCAUUAAGGAGGAAAGGCACAGGCAGAAAGUCAAGUGUAGAGAAACUUCUUCAGAAAUGAGCUGUAUUCUCCAAACAGCUUAUUAGUCACUUUCCCAAUAACUUUAUUUAUUUUACUAAAGUACUUAAGAAGGUUUUUUGUAAGAUAACUUUGAUAAUGAGACUAAGUGUGGGGGUAUUUUUUGGAGGCUUCUUUGCAGCUCUGGGGGUUUUGCUUUUUUUGGUGGCAUUUGGAACUGAUUAUUGGCUUCUUGCUACGGAAAUAGGAACGUGUUCAAAAGCACCUGAAGAUGCUGGGGGAGAGAAGGCCACUUUCCAUCAUGAAGGUUUCUUCUGGAGGUGCUGGUUUAGUGGAAAUGUAGGAGAGAAUAAUGCCAGCAUGUGGAAUUUCUGGUAUACUAACCAGUCGCCUUCUAAGAAUUGUACACAUGCUUAUCUGUCACCAUUUCCUCUUAUUCGAGAUGAACACAACUCAACCUCCUAUGAUUCUGCAAUCAUUUAUCGAGGUUUCUGGACAGUUCUUAUGCUCCUGGGAGUAGUCACUAUCGUGAUGGCUAGUUUCUUCAUCAUCUGUGCAGCUCCUUUUGCCAGCCACAUUCUGUACAAAGCAGGAGGAGGCUUUUUCAUCAUUGCUGGUGUCUUUUUUUCGCUGGUAGUCAUGAUGUAUGUCAUCUGGGUCCAGGCGAUGGCUGAUCUGGAAAGCUACACAGACAUGAAAAAAAUGGAUUGCCCAGACUUUGCUGUUUAUGUGCGUUAUGGCUGGUCUUUUAUGCUGGCUCCUAUAGGAGUAUUUUUUGCUUUAUUAGCAGGGAUGCUGUUUUUGUUGGUAGGCCGUUCCAUUUAUUUACACUCAGACUAAAUGUACACUGCUUAAGGCAAUACAGUAGGAAAGAAAUCCUAGUAAAGCUUCAUCACUGGAACACAAUUUUAUACAUUACCUUUAUGGCAACCCUAAGUGUGCAGGCAGACUUUUGGAAGUUCUUCUGCAGACUUUUGGAAGUUCUCUGUUACUUGUUUAAGGGUAAAGGACACAAAACUCAUAAAGGAAACCACCUUUAGCCUCAAAUAGUUGUUUUCAAUUCUUUAGUAAGUACACUUGUGGUUCUCCAUAUUGUACUAUUAGCAACAUAUUUGCAGUUUUGCAGCUAGAGAAAGGCAAAAUUUUUCUGCAGCCUAAAGCCCAACAUGAAGUGUGCCAAGUCAACAUUUUAUACAUCUUUUGUGCUUCUACUUGUGGAAAAUGGUACAAGGCAGAGGAGACAACAAGCAUUCACACACAGUAAUUCAAUCUGCCCUCUCUUCUGUUUUCCACUUCUUGCCUUAGCUUCAGUAUAAGCAAACAUGUCUGCACUUCAUAAAAAUAGAGUACAGUUGUUCAUACAGCAUCCGUGCGAAGAGGACGAGAGAGAAGACAAUUGCCAUGAACAGCGACCUGGUGCUAGUCUGUACAUGUAUAAGCCUAACUGCUUCCGUUACACGUUUCUCUUUUCUGUAUGCAUUUGAAAGCUGUAUACUUCUGUGUUCUGAAAUCCACAUAUUUUGCAUGAUUCUAUAAGCCAAAAUGCCAUAGUUAAAUCACUAGCUAAAGUUAUGCCAAAACUGUACUUUGCAUUAUAGCAUUAAUAUUUUAACCAAGUUUUAAUCCUUUUAUUUUUGUCUGGAAUAGUCGGCUUCUCCACAAACAUUUUCCUGGUUGUGUAAAAUUACUUUUUUAUUAAAAAAAGGUUUAUUAUGAAGACAAUAUCUAGGACAUGAAAAUGUAUAUUUCAUGUAGCCUUCAUUUUCUCAAAUAUUAAAAAUCCACAUUAAAGACCAAAUCCAACUCACCUACUAGUCAUCCCAAGGAAAGCAGUGAGCCUAGCAGGGGAGAUGGAUUUGGUUCUGUAUUGAUUGUAGGAGUGGCUGGUUCUCUGUGUAUAUGUGUGUGCACGUAUAUUUGGAAGAUGGGGUGAGGAUGGGACUGUAUGCAUGGCAUGAAAAAGAUGGGGUGGGGUUUUAACAAUGGGGAAACUGUCUGGCAUUGGCCCCAAGUUGAAAUUAAAUCCAUCUGAGAGUC